UUCGCUCGGGAAGGCGAGGGCGGAACGGUAGUUUACAGAAAGUGGUUGCUACUGCACCGCAACAGAGCUGAUCUGGGUCGAACGGCUACAAGACGUCACAAUGGAGAUUCAUCCGAGGAAUUCCCUUACUACGGAAACGGAAGCAUCUGGAGCGUGUUAGUUACAACGGGAGAUGAAGAUGUAUGGCGCGAGCGCUCAUGAUUUAACGGUGUAAAUAGUCUAUGGGGGAGUCUGUCUGUGGGGCGGACACGUGUUAUGUCUGGAGAAGAGAGAGACAACCUUGUUCCGCGCUGACGGCUCCGUUGAAACCCCUCUAUCUAACCUGGGCAGUAACGCAUGACAGACAGACAGAUAGAGAGAGAGCAUUGGUUCAGUCUUCCACGCUAGCUGGAGGAGGCACAGAGAGGAGGCAUCUAUCUACGUCUAUCCAAGUUGCUCAGCAGCUCCGUGAAGCACAAUGCCCUCGUAGGAGCUGAUAUGCAGACGCGUUGUGUAGGAGACUCGGGAAAAGGGCGUUGAAUAAAGUAAGGUGCCUCUCCAGUCCCUUCACCCCUCGCCAGACAUGACGGGUCAGAGCCUGGAGGAGCUGACAGCAGCCUAUGAGGAUCACACCGUGCGCAUCAAUGUGGGAGGGUUCAAGAAGAGGCUGUUCUCCAACACUCUGUCUCGCUUCCCGGAGACCCGUCUGGCUCGGCUGCUACACUGCCAAUCAAAAGAGUCCAUACUGGAACUCUGCGACGACUACGACGACACGGAAAAGGAGUUUUAUUUCGAUAGGAACCCGGCUCUCUUCCCUUACGUGGUGAAUUUCUACAACACCGGGAAGCUCCACGUCAUGGCAGAGUUGUGCAUCUUCUCCUUCAGCCAGGAGAUAGAGUACUGGGGCAUCAAUGAAUUCUUCAUCGACUCGUGUUGCAGCGGUGCCUACCACUGCCGAAAGAUGGAUCCUAACCGCGGGGAGGACUGGGACGACUGCCGGAGCGACGAGGGCAGCACCACGUCAUCGUUCGACGAGAUUCUAGAGUUCUAUAACGACGCCACGAAGUUCGAUAAGCAGCCUUUGGGGAGCGUCCGUAGGCGGAUCUGGUUGAUCCUGGAUAACCCGGGGUACUCCGUCGCCAGCCGAGUCAUCAGUAUCCUCUCUGUCCUGGUCGUGUUGGGUUCCAUAACCGCCAUGUGCAUGAACAGCAUGGCCGAGUUCACCCUGGUGGACAGGGAGACGCCUCACGAGGACCCCAGGUUUGAAACGGUGGAACACGUUGGUAUCGGCUGGUUCACCUUGGAGCUGGUGGCCCGGUUCACAGUUGCCCCAGAUCUUAUCCAUUUCUUCAAGCAUCCGUUGAACUUAAUCGACCUCGUGUCGAUAUUACCGUUCUACCUGACGCUCGUCAUCGACCUGGUGGCCGAGAGCAGCCCGGCGUUGGCCAAUCUGGGGCGCGUGGCACAGGUGCUACGGCUGACGAGGAUCUUCCGUAUCCUGAAGCUGGCGCGUCACUCCACGGGGCUGCGCUCUCUGGGCGCCACGCUGAGAAACAGCUACAAGGAGGUGGGGUUGCUACUGCUCUACCUGGCGGUGGGCGUGUCUUUCUUCUCUGUCAUGGCCUACACCGUGGAGAAGGACAGCGAGGACUUCUCUACCGUCCCAGCAUGCUGGUGGUGGGCCACGGUGAGCAUGACCACGGUGGGGUACGGAGACGUGGUCCCGGUGUCUAUAGCCGGCAAGAUGACCGCCUCGGCCUGUAUCCUGGCAGGCAUCCUGGUGGUUGUGCUUCCCAUCACGCUCAUAUUCAACAAGUUCUCUCUCUUCUACAAGAGGCAGAAACAGCUAGAGAUCGCUAUGCGCAGCUGUGACUUCGACCAGGAGAUCAAAGAAAACCUUCCCUCUGUCAAUCUGAGGAACUACUAUGCACACAAGGUGAAAUCUCUCAUGGCCAGUCUGUCCAAUAUCAACCGGAGUUUGCCCAGUGAACACAGUCUGAACGAGAUGUCAAUACAUUAAGGUCUGUGGAUCAACAGA